AUGAAAAAAACUAAUCUAAACACAGACCAUGAACAAAGAGAAAUAUGUCAUGAUAAAGACACUGAAAGUAGAACUGGUGGUGACAAACAAGAAGAGAAGACCCUGGGUGUUGGGUUUUUCCAGCUGUUUCGCUUUGCUACAUGGCUCGAUAUUGUGAUGAUGGUAGUUGGAGGGUUGUGCGCGCUUGUCCAUGGUGCUGCGGCUCCUCUCAUGCUACUAGUCUACAGCAUGAUGACAAACACCUUUGUAGCCUAUGAGUUGGAGAUUCAGGAAAUGGCUGAUCCCAACAAAACCUGCAUCAAUAAUACUAUCACCUGGACUAAUGGGACUGUAGUGGAGCAGGGAGAUAACGGACCUGUGCAUUGUGGUGUAGAUAUUGAGGCACAGAUGACCAUGUUUGCUUAUUAUUAUGUUGGCAUCGGACUAGGUGUGCUAAUUCUUAGUUAUUUUCAGAUUGCUCUGUGGGUCACUGCAGCUGCAAAGCAAACACAGAAAAUUCGAAAAACGUACUUCAGGAAGAUCAUGAGCAUGGAAAUUGGAUGGUUUGACUGCAAUUCUGUUGGAGAGCUGAACACAAGAAUAUCUGAUGACAUUAACAAAAUCAACAAUGCUAUAGCAGAUCAAGUGGCCAUCUUUAUUGAGAGGCUUUCUACAUUUAUCUUUGGGUUUCUGGUGGGCUUUUUUGGAGGAUGGAAGCUGACACUGGUGGUGAUUGCAGUAAGUCCUCUGAUUGGAUUGGCAGCAGGACUCAUGGCCAUGGCAGUUGCAAGGAUGACAGGUCGUGAGUUAAAGGCCUAUGCUAAAGCAGGAGCUAUAGCUGAUGAAGUCCUCUCUGCCAUCAGAACAGUUGUAGCAUUUGGAGGAGAAGACAAGGAGACAGAAAGAUAUGACAAAAACCUUGAGGAGGCUCAGACCUGGGGUGUGAAGAAAGGAGCGAUCAUUGGUGUAUUUCAGGGCUAUCUGUGGUGCAUAAUCUUUUUCUGUUAUGCUCUUGCCUUCUGGUAUGGAUCCAAACUUGUCAUUGAUACCAAAGAGCUCACACCUGGAACCCUCAUCCAGGUGUUCUUUGGUGUCCUUAUGGGAGCCAUGAACCUAGGUCAAGCCUCUCCAUGUCUAGAGGCCUUCGCCUCUGGUCGUGCUGCAGCCAAGAACAUCUUUGAAACCAUUGACAGGGUCCCAAAAAUUGAUUGUUUCUCCAAAGAAGGGCACAAGUUAGAGAGAGUGAAAGGUGACAUUGAAUUCCACAGUGUUCAGUUCAACUAUCCGUCCAGACCUGAAGUAAAGAUUUUAGAUGGCUUACACUUAUUGGUUAAUGCUGGGGAGACUACAGCAUUUGUUGGACCUAGUGGAUCUGGAAAAAGUACAGCAGUCCAACUCAUUCAGAGAUUUUAUGACCCACAACAAGGAAUGGUCACCCUGGAUGGCCAUGACCUUAGAAGUUUGAAUAUCCAGUGGCUGCGUUCAUUGAUAGGCAUUGUGGAGCAGGAACCGGUUCUUUUUGCCACAACUAUUGCAGAGAACAUCCGUUAUGGCCGGCCAGGGGUCAGCAUGGAGGAGGUUAUACAGGCUUCUAAAGAGGCAAAUGCUUAUAACUUUAUCAUGGACCUGCCACAGAAUUUUGAUACACUGGUUGGAGAGGGUGGCGGUCAGAUGAGUGGUGGGCAGAAGCAGAGGAUUGCAAUUGCUCGAGCACUGGUCAGAAACCCCAAAAUUCUUCUACUAGACAUGGCCACCUCAGCCCUGGACAAUGAGAGUGAAGCUGUAGUGCAGGAGGCACUGGACAAGGCUCGCAUAGGCAGAACCACCAUCACUAUUGCUCAUCGUCUGUCUACAAUCCAUAAUGCAGAUGUGAUUGUAGGUUUUGAACAUGGCCGUGCAGUGGAGAGGGGCACACACACACAAUUAAUGGAGAGACAGGGAGUUUAUUUCACUCUCGUUACACUCCAGGAUCAAAUAAGUGAGCCGUCCAAUCUUGAAACAGACAAAAUAUCUGAGACCAGCAAUCAUGAGGAUGAUAGGACUGAGCAGAUAACAAGUUUCAGCAGAGGAAGCUAUGAGUCAAGUCUAAGGCAAUCCUUGCGAAUGAGGUCACAGUCUCAAAUGUCAAACCACUUAAUUGAUGCUAUAUCUGGAGAAAUUAAAUUUGAUUCUGACAGUCUUGAAAUGAAGGCACUUAGAGAAGCAAAGACAAUUGAUGAUGAUGUGGAAGAGCUGACUGAAUCAGCACCAGUGGCUCGAAUUCUGAAGUACAACCAGCCCGAAUGGCCGUAUAUGUUACUUGGCUCUUUCGGAGCAGCCAUAAACGGAUCUGUCAACCCCAUGUAUGCUGUCUUAUUCAGCCAGAUUAUAGGGACAUUUGCUGUCAGAGACCUGGAUGAACAAAGAGAGCAAAUUAAUGGGAUUUGUAUUCUGUUUGCCUCUGUAGGAGUUAUAAGUUUCUUCUCACAGUUCCUGCAAGGGUAUGCCUUUGCUAAGUCUGGUGAGCUACUGACUCGCAGGCUAAGGAAGAUUGGUUUCCAGGCUAUGCUCAGACAGGAAAUCGGAUGGUUUGAUGAUCCUAUUAACAGCCCUGGAGCUCUUACCACUAGACUGGCUACUGAUGCAUCCAUGGUGCAAGGGGCCACUGGCUCUCAGAUCGGCAUGAUUGUGAACUCUCUGACAAACAUUGGAGCCUCAUUUAUCAUUGCAUACUACUUCAGCUGGAAGCUAAGUUUGGUCGUGACAUGCUUCCUUCCUUUUAUUGCCUUCGCUGGUGUCUUCCAAGCUAAAAUGCUGACUGGUUUUGCUAAUGAGGACAAGAAAGCAAUGGAGGCAGCUGGACAGGUGUCCAGUGAAGCUAUGGCCAACAUCAGGACCAUUGCAGGUCUAGCUAAAGAGAAACAGUUUGUGGCUCUGUAUGAACAACAGCUGGAGGCACCUUACAAAAUGGCCAAGAAGAAGGCCAACAUCUAUGCCAUAUGUUUUGCCUUUGCCCAAUGUGUUAUCUUCAUGGCAUAUGCAGCUUCAUUUAGAUAUGGUGGCUAUUUAGUUAAUUUUGAGGGCCUGUACUAUGUGGUUGUUUUCAGAGUAAUCUCUGCCCUUGUAAUCAGUGGCACAGCUCUUGGUCGAGCUUCAUCUUUCACUCCAGACUAUGCCAAAGCCAAAAUUGCUGCUUCCCAUUUCUUCAAAUUACUUGACAGAGUCCCUAAAAUCAGUACUAGCCAGACGGAGGGACGAAAAUGGGAUACCUUUAAGGGUAGGAUCGAGUUCAAAAACUGCAGGUUUACUUAUCCAAGCAGGCCUAAUGUCCAGGUGCUGAGGGGACUGGAGGUGGAAGUGAGCCCUGGCCAGACUCUUGCCUUUGUGGGCAGUAGUGGCUGUGGCAAGAGCACAAGCAUUCAACUCCUGGAAAGAUUCUAUGACCCAGACCAUGGCCAAGUGCUAAUAGACGGAUACCCAUCCCAUGAAAUUAGUGUACCCUUCCUGAGGUCUCAGAUUGGAAUUGUAUCUCAGGAGCCUGUGCUUUUUGACUGCACAAUAGCAGAAAACAUUCAGUAUGGAGCUAACUCACAGGCCAUCAACAUGGAGGAGGUCAUAGAGGCUUCCAAGAAGGCUUAUCUCCAUGAUUUUGUGAUGAGUCUACCUGAUAAAUAUGAGACUCAGGUUGGAGCACAGGGUUCUCAGCUUUCUCGAGGGCAGAAGCAGCGUAUUGCAAUUGCCCGUGCCAUUAUCAGAAACCCAAAAAUACUGCUGCUGGAUGAGGCUACCUCUGCCCUAGACACAGAAAGUGAGAAGACAGUUCAAGCAGCCCUGGAUGAAGCUCGAUGUGGCCGCACCUGCAUUGUCAUUGCACACAGACUCUCCACCAUUCGAACUGCUGAUAUCAUUGCAGUUAUGUCUCAAGGCAUUGUCAUUGAGAAAGGCACACAUGAAGAGCUUAUGGCUAAGAAAGGGGCCUAUCACAAACUGGUUACUACAGGUGCACCCAUAAGUUAAAAAUAUUGUAGAAUGAUGAAGUCAACCUUUAUAUUAGUUUACUAGUGUACUACCAGAAUGUGCACUGAUCGGGAGGAACUCUCUUAUCACAGAGCACUGUAUUUGUCCAGUUUUGUAUUACACUGAGUGCAGAAUUAUUAGGCAAGUGAGUAUUUUGACCACAACAUCCUUUUAAUGCAUGUUGUCCCACUCCAAGCUGUUUAGGCUUGAAAGCCUACUACCAAUUAAGUAUAUCAGGUGCUGUGCAUCUGUGUAAUGAGAGGGGGUGUGGUCUAAUGACAUCAACACCCUAUAUCAGGUGUGCAUAAUUAUUAGGCAACCUCUUU